AUGGAGACAGAGGCGAAGAGCAGCAGCCCCGAAGCCAAGGACAAGAAGACGAAGAACGCCAAGCGGAGGAAGGGUUCGGUAAUCGGCCCGCCACCAGCAUCUGCGGCACAACCACCCGCGGUCGAUAAGAAAGACGGAGGCAAGGAGAAGCCGCCUUCGGCCACCACCUCCACGACGCCCAACAAGAGCCCGACGAACAAGAGGCGAAGCCUUUUGAUGAUCCUCCGGCGUGACAACAUCCGCACGGACGGCAACGAGGCGGCCUCGAUGGAGAUCGUCGACGCGCACCACGGCAACAGCAGCGGCACCGGCACCGACAACAGCAGCAACAAUGUCAACAAGGGACUGGCCCGAUCAGCCAACGAUGACGACCAAGGCACCGCCGCUGCCGCCAACAACAAGAAGAAGACGAAGGAGACCAACAAGGAGAAGAAGGAGAAAGAAAGGAAGACGAAGGAAAACGCGAAAGCGAAAGCGAAAGCGAAAGAGAAGGAGAAGGAGAAAGAAAGAGGGAACAGCGAAGCUGUGGGCAAGGAGAAGGAGGUGGAGAAGGAGAAAGAGAAAGAGGAGGAACACAAAGAAAAGGCCAAGGAAAAGGAGGACGCUCGGCCCAGCGUAGGAGAGGCCCACCUGCUCGACUGGUGCCGCAAGCAGACCGAGGCCUACGCCGGGGUGGCGAUCGAGGACUUCCAGGCGAGCUGGCGGGACGGGAUGGCCUUCUGUGCGCUGGUCCACCGCUUCAAGCCCGACGCGUUCGACUUUGCCUCCCUGCAGCCCGACAACGCCGACGCCAACCUCAAGCUGGCCUUCGCCACCGCCGAGAAGGAGCUCGGGGUUCCGUCGUAUCUGUCGAGCGAGGACGUGGCAGACAGCGAUGGGGCGGACGUGCUGACCUAUCUCCUCAAAUUUCACUCGCUGGUCGUCAACGAAAACGGCCACAACGAAGCCGCCGAUACGUCGUCGUGCGUGAUUUUAGCCGAGCCGACGAUCAACGCGUCCGGCAAUGUGGCCGAACCGGCGCAGGUGCUGGCCGCACUGGCCUCGUCCCGCCCACGACUCGCAUCGCCCAAGCGAGCCGGAGCGGCGGCUGGACGACGACCGCCCACGCGCGGCGUGCGAGCGGGCGACAAGAUCUCAGUCAAGGAGGCGGUGGAGAACAAGAAGGGAAAUCAGGACAACACCGUCUUUUGUAUGGACGGAGAUCCCGACCAGCUGUCGGCCUCCUCGCCGCGAAAGCGCGGAGCGACGAUGAGUGGGUCGCCGGUGGCGGCGAGGGCAGUCGCCUCGAGCGCCCCCAACCGCGCCCGCAAGGGCACCGCCCCGCCGCCCCUCGAAAAGUCCCCCACCACACUCAACCGAGCGUCGGCGACGAGCGAGGGCGACGUCGAGAUGCCGGAGUGGAAGCGGAAGCUGAUUGAAAAGAAGCGGCUCAAGGCGGCCGCGGAGGCCGAGGCGUCGUCCAACGGCGGCCAAGCCCCCCCGCCGGCCGGCCAAGCCGCCGCCAAGCCGGCUGACGAGAGCGACAGCGAGUGCCAAAUGAUGGAGGGCUUCCUCUUCAAGCGCGACGGAGAGCGGUGGGUGCGGAAGUGGUUUGUGUUGAAUGGGCCGCAUCUGGUCUACUACGGGGACAAGCGCACGGAGAAGAACCAACUCUCACCGCAGGGCAUCCUCUCCCUCGAACUCGUCUCCGCCGUGGCGCCGUUCACGGACAAGGCCAACGGGAUCGAGAUAACGGACCACGCCGACGGUACCUAUCAGGGGGCGCAGGCCAAGCACGCCCACCAGCGGCUGGUGGACCGAUCGGCGGCGGGCUCGGAUUCGCGGCGCGGGUCGGCCUCGACCUGGUCCCACAUCGCCUCGGCCGCUAAGGAGGGCGAGCUGAUGAUGCUGCCGGGCAAGGGGCUGGGCUCGAUCAUCGGCGGCCGCAAGUGGAAGAAGGCCUACGUCAUCGUCAAGGACGGCUUCAUCGAACGAUGCGAGGCCAAGGGUGCGAAGCCCAAGCUGCGUGUGCCGCUGAUCAAGUGCGAGUUCGCGGCACACGAGGACCGGACGCAGAAGCACGCGUUCCGGGUGGCGACGGCCAAGAAGAAGCUGUUCCUGGCCGCCCCCGACGACGAAGACAUGCACGCCUGGAUGGACGCCCUCCUCAAGCAGCGCCGCUACCUCGAGCAGGCCAUCGACGCCAUCGCCGCCGCCGCCGCAGCUUCGUCGCCACCACCCGAGUCAUCGUCGGCGUCGGCGGAGAACAACAACCGAGGGCGUCGGAACACCAACGACGGCGAGGCCGGGCAAGGUGGUGGCGGCGGCAAGGCCGAGGAGGCGCCAGCGGCGGAGCAGGCGCCAGCGGCGGCCAAGGACAAGGGCAAGGAGAAGAGCAAACCGUGA